AUGGCGGCCGGCAUCGUCAUGGAGGCUCUGGACCCCCGCGCCCUCCCCAAUUCCCCCUCGGGAAGCUACGCCCCGGCAAUUGUCGACUGCCCGGCCGCCCGUCCCACAAUUCGCUCCGCGUCGUCCUUGUCGCCCAACGAGACGGCAUGGUUGACCCGCCGCCGCAGCGCCACAGUCGAACCCAUGCGCGACUUCCUCACUCGCGCCGGCAUCCCCAACUUCGACGCCGGCGCCUACAUUGACCGCCUCAGCUCCUCGCCGUCCCAGCUGCCCAACGUUGCCAUCGCGAUAUCAGGAGGUGGGUACCGCGCCCUCAUGAACGGCGCCGGCUUCCUGGCGGCCGCGGACAGCCGCACGCCCAACUCGACGUCCGCUGGCGGCAUCGGCGGCCUCCUCCAGUCCGCCACCUACCUCGCCGGUCUGUCCGGCGGCGGCUGGCUUGUCGGCUCCAUCUUCACCAACAAUUUCUCCUCCGUGGUCGACCUGCAGCGCGGCUCUCCAGGCUCAGCCGUCUGGAAAUUCGACCGUUCAAUCUUCUCUGGCCCCCGGGAGCGCGGCAUCUCCAUCGUCAACACAGCCGAGUACUGGAGGGAUAUCCUCCGCCAGGUGGAAACUAAAGAACAGGGCUUCGAGGUCUCCAUUACAGACUACUGGGGCCGCGCCCUCUCAUACCAGCUCAUCAAUGCUACCGACGGCGGCCCAGCCUACACCUUCUCCUCCAUCGCCGAGUCGUCCGACUUCCAGGCCGGCGCCCAGCCGUUUCCCAUCCUGGUCGCUGACGGCCGCACCCCUGGCGAGCGCAUCAUCUCGCUCAACGCCACCGUUUACGAGUUCAACCCCUUCGAGCUCGGCACCUGGGACAACACGGCCUUCGGCUUCGCGCCCCUCGCCUACCUUGCUUCUAACUUCUCCGCCGGCCGCAUCGCCGAUAACGGGUCCUGCGUCCGCGGCUUCGACCAGGCCGGCUUCGUCAUGGGCACCUCGUCCAGCCUCUUCAACCAGUUCCUGCUCCAGAACAUGUCCACGACUGGCCUCCCCGAUUUCAUCCAGAGCGCCCUCACGAGUAUCCUUAACCUCCUUGACCAGGACAACAACGAUAUCGCGCAGUAUGCGCCGAACCCAUUCUUCGGCUGGAACCCCCGCACCAACAUCAACGCCAACCAAUCCCAGCUUACCCUUGUCGACGGCGGCGAGGACCUCCAGAAUAUCCCCUUUCACCCGCUGAUCCAGCCCAACCGCGCCGUCGACGUUAUCUUCGCUGUCGACUCCUCAGCUGACACAAACUUUCACUGGCCUAACGGCACCGCCAUCCGCGCCACCUACGACCGCGUCUCAGAGCCCAUCGCCAACGGCACCCUUUUCCCGCCCGUACCUGAUGCUAACACCUUCAUCAACCUCGGCCUUAAUCGCCGUCCGGCCUUCUUCGGCUGCGACGCCUCCAACUUCACCCUCCGCAGCGGCCAGCGCGCGCCGCCCCUUGUCGUAUACAUUCCCAAUGCGCCCUAUGUCGCCCACUCCAACGUGUCCACCUUCGACCCUAGCUACAGCCUCGACCAGCGCGACGCCAUCAUCCAGAACGGCUACGACGCGGCCACCCAGGGCAACGCCACCCUCGACGCCGAAUGGCCCGUCUGCGUCGCCUGCGCCAUCCUCUCGCGCAACAUGGCCCGUGAACGUCAACCCGUGCCCGCGGCGUGCACCACUUGCUUCCAGCGGUACUGCUGGAACGGCACACUCGACACACGCGACGUCGCCGAGUACGAACCCGGCUUCGCCAUCGGCAACGUCGAAUCCAACAGCCCCGCGGCGAGGGCGGACAUCAGCCUGGUCGCGAGCAUCAUGGGCGCGGCGGCGGUGGCUGUGGCGCAUGCUUUCUGA